UAAUCAUGAACUCAAACGUACGUGACGACCUACAAGAGCUUUCAGUGCCAAUGACUCUCAGUGACAUCAAGAAAGCAGUGGAAAAUGCGUCAGAAAUCAGAGAGCAACUAGGCAAGCUAAAAACAAGCGACAACUCACCACCCGACCACGUCCGAAUGAUUUCCUCGUUGGAGGCGAAAGCAGAGCAGCUGGUAGAUACACUAAACGUCUGGAAAAAUCGAGCAGUUUCUCAGUCGGGAGUUAUUCAGCAAAAUGAUUUUGAUUCACCUCGAUGGAUAAAGUUGAAGGCAAGUGGACAGUUUUCGAAAAUGUAUCAAGGGUCGUACACAGGGAGCAAGGUUGCCAUCAAACUUCUGAAUGAUGACGUCAGAUUAGAGGAAUCAAUUGCUGAGGGUCGACUACUCAAGUCUCUCACUCAUGACCAUGUGGUUGAGUUCAGAGGUGUCGGUCAAACCACUGAAAUCCAGAUUGACUCCAGCAAUGAGACAAUCCCUACUGGUCGUCAUUACCUCGUCAUGGAGUUUAUCUCAAGCAAUUUACAACGAUACGUUGCCAAAACUGUCACCCGUGAAAGGGAAGGUCUUCCGUACUCUGAAGUGUGGGACUUUGGAAAGCAGAUCUUGAGUGGCCUCUUAUACCUUCACAAACACAAGCCAUUUCCGAUAGCUCAUAUGGAUUUGAAACCGGACAACAUACUGCUGGAUGAAGGUCAGAUUCAUCCUCGAGUGAAACUUGCUGAUUUUGGUCUAUCUCUACCUUUAAGUCGAGAUAACAUAAAGACUUACGGCGGACAUGCUCGUUGGAUGGCACCCGAAUUGUGGCCCAGUCGAACCUCAUUGCAUCAACUGUCGAAAGAAUUAUGUCUUAAGAGUGAUGUGUUUAGUUAUGGUCUUAUCUUGCUGUUUCUAAUUACUGGAAAAACACCUUGGCAUCAGAUUAACUUGGAUUAUCCAGCCUCAAGUAGCAGCAGCAGCAGCAGCAGCAGCAGCAGUACGACUGAACCUCCAGAUGAUGAGAGAUUUGAGAUUCCCGAAAACCUUGCACCAGAACUAUUGGCAAUAAUACAACGAUGCAAUGUGGAGAAACCUGCGGAUAGAGCGAACUCUAGUCAAGUUAAUGAUCUUUAUUACAAAGAUCGUGAGAACCCAUUUCGUGUAAAAGAUGAAUCCGGAGAAUUCUUCUCGUGUGGAUUUCUGGAGGACACCAAGAUUUUUGUUGCAGACAGCAGAGUUACAGAGAGCACAGAAGGCACUUCUCGUACUAAGAAGCUACCAGAAGGAUAUGAGCACUCUGAUCUCAUAUGUGAAGUCCGUGUAGUUAAAUUUCAGUCUGGCAAACCGAUACCAGUUGUUGUAAAGCCAUCAGAUCUAUAUCUUGAAGGCAAAUUCCAAGAAAAUAUGUCAGAAUUUGGCAGAUGGGCAAGAGAAGGCAAAAUUGAUAACAACCCUGCCAUUGCUCUGAAGUCACUAAAUCUGCCACGAGAAGGAGAAGAAGAAGAGCAACAGAUUGUUCUCAAAUUUGCUCAGACAGAGUAUGUCAUACAUCGUGCAAUGCGCAAACUGUGGAUGGACCUGACGCCAGAACAGAAAGAAGAGGCUGUUCCAGCUAAGGGGAUUGUCAGCAACGUAUAUAGCAAUUCAUUUGGUCUCCAUGUUGCAGUGAUCACAGCAGACAAACCAACACCAAAGUUUAUUUUUGCACGUCGAGCGAAGCGAGAGGGUCUUGCAAGUCCUGGAGAUUUCACUUGUGGAGCUGUGGAAAGCUGUUCUGUAAAGGACUUCAUUGAAGAUGGAAAGACCAAAGUCUCAUUGGUGAGAACUGCAGCUCGUGGACUGAAUGAAGAGCUUCGUGUAGUUUUGGAAGGAAACGAUGUCGAUGCAAUUACUUUAUCGACUGUUUACCUCAAGUAUGACACACACGAGUGGGGCCUUUGUGGAUUCAUUGAUUUGAAUGACAAACGAGUGCGUCCUGACAAUCGGCUGACAUUUGAGCAGCUCAAGUCACGAUUUACAACCGCAGGGUUGAAAGACAAGUUUGAGCACGAGGAGGUGGUGGCCGUUGACUUCACUCUUUCUGGAAUGGUCCAGUUUGUGAGAGAAAAUUUCAAGCAAUUUGCGAGCUCUGCCAAGCUGGUUGUGGUGAAGGUUUUGCAGUCGUUCUUUGGGGUAACUCCUGUUGAACGAGCGUUCACAAUGGACACAAGUCUCAUUGAUGGAAAUCUUGAUUUGUAGUUGAGACAGUUAGAUUUGUAGUUCAUUGUUGAUACUAUCUUUAUUGACUCAUGAUUUUUAGCUUUUUAUUAGCCGAGGUUCUUCUGUGGUCAUUGGGACUUUGUAGCAAAUGGUGCGUGUC